AUGACGCCUAAACGUCGGUUACACCAACUGCUAGAUGGGCUAGCAUCUCCACCAGGAUCCGUUGGAACUCUGAAGCUUGGCGCCAUCGAAUACGAAGUCCCUGCAUCGCUGACGCCGUCAAGAUUGCCGAAGUCGAAGAGUUUACUAGAUAUACGUGAUCCCACCAAUGUCGACAACCUCCAUUUCAUGCUGCAAAAGUAUCUGUUGGGUCAGGACGUGUUUUUGGUGUCGCAGCCCGGUCCUUAUGCUAGGCGAUUGGCACUAACCUUUGCAAGGCAUGACCUUAUCAAUUCCGAGUACGAAUAUAUCGCGCUGCAUAGAGACGUCGGCGAGACGGAAUUGAAGCAGGGAAGAGAAAUUAGAGAAGGAGGAAAUUUGGUAUACGUGGAUAGUCCAGCUGUCAAUGCAGCCAAGCAUGGGAGGCUCUUGAUCUUAGAAGGAAUAGAAAAGGCUGAACGAGGAAUCAUGCCUGUUCUGAACAACCUACUGGAAAAUCGUGAAAUGAAUCUCGAAGAUGGUACACACAUCAUACACCCCCAUCGCUACGCUCUCUUAGAUACCACCACCAACUUCAUACCGGCCCAUAAAGGCUUUAGAGUUAUCGCAAUCGCAGCUCCCGUCCCUCCAUAUCCCGGCUAUCCCCUUGACCCACCGUUCCGAAGUCGUUUCCAAGCACGCUUCAUGGAUCCUGUAAGCGCCAUGAUCAGUCUCAGCAGUACUGUCGAGUCCAAGACCAUCCCGCUAUACACGAAGAUUCGCGAUAUUAUACUGUCAACGCAAUAUUCUAGCGAAUCGCGUCACGCCCUAGAAACCGUUUCAAAAUCAGUACUACCACCUUUCCCUCAGACCGCGCUUUUGAAGCUUAGGGCACUGUUGUCUUUGUUUCCUCCUCCCGAGCAAGUCACUCCUUCACAGCUCGGACAGCUAUUUUUAACGCUGCACCCUGCUCUGAUUCAUGCGCCGUUCCAGGCCUGGGCGCUUCUGAGCGUGCAGACUGAAGACAGUGGAAUGGGGCCUCUGGGAAGUCCCUCGAUGAUGUCUGAAGGUCUGCUGGGUUAUCGUCUUGCCUCCCUCAAAAGGACGGGCGAACAUAGAGUAGAUGUUACAUUUGACGGUCCGCAACGCGUAGUUUGUAACGUGCCGGCGGGUCCCAAAGCUUUGUUGGAAUACCCCCUAACAGAGGCACCAAAUCUCCACGUCACGGAGAGGUUUAUCGGGCUUUUGACGUGUUUUACGCAGGCGCAUGCGCUGGGGUGGGAUAUAUCUCUUAUUCCGCCUGUUCAGCCUUCAACGGCGUCGACAUCGACGUCAACGUUGGUUAACGUGUUCGGGCGGAUACUUGGAUACGAGAUGGAGGCGGUGCACAUGUACAAGGAGCUCGGAGGUCGUGAAUUGGUGAUGCGGAGAAAAAUACAGAGUGGGGGAGCGACGAGUUGGGAGCCUAGUCCCAUCAUAGAGGCGGCGUGGAAGGGGAGAAUGGUCCAUCUUUCUGGUCUUGAUGUUCUGGGAUCGACGGCAGGAUCGUUGUCAAGGCUUCUUCAGGAUCGAGAAAUCGAACUUUGGGAGGGGAAAAGGCUCAUCUCUGAAGCCUCCGAAGAAGAAAUCGAUUCGGGAGAGCUAAAGUUGACCAAGCCAUCAUUCCGGGUCAUAAGUACCGCAUCAAAGUCCAUCCCGUUGAAAGAUUGGUUGACAGAAGAACACGCCAAUAUGUUCCUUCCCGUUCCUAGCCAACCCAUGUCUGUUGAUGAGGAAACUCUAAUCUUGCACGCGACGGGAUGUGCUUCAGCCUACGUCGAGACCCUUCUAUUAUUUGCGGACAAGUACAGGCGGAGCAUUUCUGCUGACAGUGUCCAGAAGCACCGGAAAUUUGGCACGCGUUCUCUAGUCAGAGUAGCCCGACGACUGGCGAUGUUUCCAGAAGAUCAUGACUUGCACUUCAUAAUUAGUCAAUCACUUCUUGCUGACUUUUUGCCUGCAACGGAACGGAUGAAUUUGGAUGCGUUACUUGAUGAAGCUGAUAUCGGGAAGAUAGCAGAAAAGUUCCAUCCAAGCCCAGUGGUUCAAGACGAUUCCCUGUACUUCCCUGCUUCUACUAGUGCUGGUACGAAGACAAACCCAACACCUAUUCCUCUGUUCGAUCCCUCUGAAGACCAGACGGGCGUGGAAUCGCUCGUCCCAUAUGUGGACCACUUCUACGACAAUAGUUUGCAAACAGGGUUGAUGCGUGACCUAGCAAUCGAUCUCGAGCUGAUGUGCGAGCAUGUUGUUCUGUUGGGUAAUCAGGGUGUUGGAAAGAAUAAGAUCGUUGAUCGCUUAUGUCAGCUGCUUGGUCGACCUCGCGAAUACAUCCAACUACAUCGUGACACGACCGUCAACCAGUUAAUGUUCACUACCUCUCUCGAAGCAGGUGUACUCAAAUUCACAGACUCGCCUCUUCUUCGUGCGAUCACUUUUGGACGCGUCAUCAUCAUCGACGAAGCGGACAAGGCACCUGAACACGUCGUUGCGACAUUCCGCAGCCUUGCUGGACAAAACGAGAUGACGCUAUCAGAUGGACGCCGCGUUUGUUCCUCUCGAGAGCGAGAAGACGACAUUGUCGUCCAUCCUAAUUUUAGGCUCGUAUUGCUUGCAAAUAGACCUGGUUAUCCCUUCCUCGGAAAUCAUUUCCUUCAAGUGCUCGGAGAGAACUUUAGUCUGCGCUCGGUGCCUAACCCUGAUCAAGCCUCGGAACGUAAAUUGCUCGAGCAGCUCGCGCCUGAACUCCAUGAGGAUAUUAUUCGCAGGCUGGUUGGCGCUUUCCAGGAUUUGCGCGUAGGUUAUGAGAACGGUUCUCUAGGCUACCCAUAUUCGUUGAGAGAGUUGAUCAACCUUGUACGGCACAUGCAGGCAUACCCAACAGAUGCGCUUAGUGACGCGCUUCGUAACGUCUUCGAUUUUGAUAUCUACAAGCCGGAGACCAUUGACAAGCUCAGCGAGAUUCUCGAGAAGCACGGCCUGGCUGUUCCAUAUCUUGGAUUAGACGCGGCUCGAGAGUCUGCAAAAAAGAUACAGGAUAUACAGUUCGAGCCAAAACAGACAGAUUUGAGUGGACUUAAGGAGGGGAAGCAUGACAAUGAAGAACAUUCUGGCGGGAAUACGUAUGCUGGAGGAACUAGCGGACGAGAUACUGCCGGAAUGGGCGGUCUUGGUGGGUAUAAGCGACUAUGGAAAGGCGGUGACAUUAAGCAGGUUCCGGACGCGCUAAAGGAGGACGUGCCCGAGCACAUUAAAGAGAAGGCACGAGAGAUGGCCAAGCAAGAGCUACAGCGCCGACUUGAGGAGCUCGAUAUGAAUACCCACGAAGCCAGAGGUUAUGGUGAAAUCAUCAGAAACACGCAGGCUCACAUGGCUUCCCUCUAUGACCUCCUUGAACACUUGGCUGCGAAAGAAGAAGAACGUGUCUGGGUGAAGCGUCAAACUGACGGAGAACUGGACGAUACAAGACUGACGGAAGGCUUGACUGGGGAGGCGACUGUUUAUAAACGACGGGGGAUGGAGAAGCCGGAGCUAGGACGGCCCCAGAUCAAACCCAAACGAAUACGAUUCAUUUUUGAUCUCAGUGCUUCGAUGUAUCGAUUCAAGUAUGACGGCCGACUAAAACGAAGCCUAGAGACAGCCGCCAUGCUUAUGGAAACAUUUGACCGUCUUUCCAGAAAAGACAAGUACGUUUGGGAUAUGUAUGGCCAUUCCGGGGAUGGGCCCGAAAUACCUCUUGUUGAAGUAGACAAACCGCUCGUCGACCUCAGGGAUCGUUGGAAAGUGAUCGAGAAGAUGGACAUGAUUCCGCAAUAUGCUUUUGCUGGAGACUAUACUGUUGAAGCCAUACAGAAAGGCGUACAAGAAGUAGGUAAAUUCGAUGCAGGCAAGUAUGAUUGGUUCGUCAUUGCCAUUACGGAUGCCAAUUUUGGCCGUUACAACAUCAAACCGGAGGAUCUGUCUCGGGCAAUGAAGCGUAAUCCCAAAGUCCAUACAGCAUUAAUUUGUAUUGGUGAAGGGGCUGAAGCUCCGUGGAUAAGCACACAGCUUCCUGGACAGGGUUUCAGGGUCGCUGAUACCAGCGACAUACCUACCGUCCUCCGGAGCAUUCUGUCUACAAUGAUUGACCGUGAAUAGCAGAUAGCUUGGUGUAGGCGAAGUCAUGUUCAGGCGAAUAACACAGUGCAAACCGAUCUAUUCGGAUCUAACCAAUAAUCCGGGUAUCUAUAAGUAAUACUAAUCGUCAAUGACUAAACAUUAGACUGAAUAUAACGAUGAUAAUGCCAC